ACUCCUCCCAGGCGGUCUCCUCAGAGCGCGGCCAUGGAGUGCUUCGAGAGCGCCUGCCACGACAGUCAGCCGCACUGGUUCGAAAUUGGGCCCCUGGACGUGCUGGAGCGCAAAGGCUCCCUGACGCUGCGCUCCCGCCACAAGAAAUACUCCAAGCCGGUGCUGGUGUCCUGCUGGCACAGGGACAGAGAAGCUUUUCCCAAAGAUUAUGAUAUAGAGGGCCCCAAGGAAGUGAAAAAGCUGUGUAAUUCAACGUACUGGCGACUUGGAAGUGAUGAGCCCCGGAUUUGGAUAUCAGAAACACAGGAACAGAUGUCACAAGCUUGUUUAAACAGAGAUUUGGUUGAAAGAAAGAAAAAACCCUUAUUAAAUGAGGAAACAUUAUGCUCUGGGAUAAUUGGAAGGGACACCGGGUCGCCUGCCACAGGCUUCGGAGCUGUCUUCACUGUCCAUCCACCGGACUGGAGGAAAAUGUAUAUGUUGACAACCUAUGCGGAAGAAUACACUCCACCACAUGACUAUUCGUCCCGUGCUCACUGCCGUCCAGAUGAAUAUUCAGUAGCCCACAGGAAGUGUCGCUCUCAGUUCACAGAUCUAAAUGGUUCCAAAAGAUUCGGUAUCAACACCUGGCAUGACGAGAGUGGGAUUUAUGCUAAUUCAUGUGUGAAGCGAGCACUCUGCCAAUCCAGGGGAGGGCCUAUUGUUCCCUUUUUAAAAUAAUGUGUGAAAUUAGGUUC